AAAGCAGAUUUUAACCGCCCUGACGAGAAGCACUCGCUAGAGACAUUUACAGUAGAUUUUAAAAUUAUUUUCAAAAGUACAUUAUCAACUAUUGCGCUUAAAAUUCUCACAGAAAAACACUACAACCGGAUUUCUUUUUUGAUUUUUUUGAUAUUUUUAGUUGUGAGGAACAAAUAGUUAUUUUAAAUACACCUUUUCAGCCAUGACUUCAAGCAGUGAGACUCUGGAAAUAACAGGCCAUGAGCUGGUUCACAUACUCAGGACCCCCCGGGACCAGUACACUACAGCUGGGUGUGUGGUGCUGGACUGCAGACCUUUCCUAGAUUUUUCAUUGACGCACAUUUGCGAGUCCCGAAACGUCAACUGGAACUCAAUGCUGCGUCGUAGAUCCAAGAGCUCGGUUGUGGCUCUGGAGUGGCUCAUCCCGGACAAGGCGCUCCUGGGCCGGCUGCGGCGCGGGGAGUUCUCUCCGUUGGUGGUGGUGGAUGAGAGCAGCCGCUCCGUGGCCGAACUGAAGGCAGAGAGCGUGGCCCAGAUGCUGCUCACCGCUCUGCAAAACGAAGUUCAGACGCAGAUCUGCUUUCUACAAGGUGGAUUUGAGGGAUUUUCAGAGGCAUAUCCAGAACUCUGUUACACCUCUGCCAGCAAUCACCUCUCUACAGUGGAACCAGAGCCAACAGUGACAGGUCGGAGGACACCAGCAUAUGAUCGGGAUGGUCCAGUGGAGCUGCUGCCCUUCCUGUUUUUGGGCAGUGCCAUCCACUCCUCCCGCAGAGAGACCCUCGCAGCAGCGGGCAUCACAGCUGUGCUCAACGUUUCCUCCUCAUGUCCCAACUUCUACGAGGGGGAGUUUCAGUACCUGCGGCUCAAUGUGGAGGACAACCUAGCUGCUGACAUCAGAGCCUGCUUCUCCACAGCCAUCGCCUUCAUCGACUCAGUGAAACAGAGUGGUGGUCGGGUGUUGGUGCAUUGCCAGGCAGGUAUCUCCCGCUCUGCCACAAUCUGUCUGGCCUACCUCAUGCACACGCAGCGCGUCAGGCUGGAUGAGGCCUUUGACUUUGUGAAGCAGCGGCGUCAGGUCAUCUCCCCCAACCUGGCCUUCAUGGGACAGCUGCUGCAGUUUGAGACUGACGUUCUCUGUCAGGGAUGAAGACCCAGACGUAUGAAGAGGUUGCAAACUUCACAUGACUGUACUUUUUUAUUCAUUCUCCUGCCUCUUGUAGGCAAUGUGCUGGACUCAGAAUAUUAUCAGGACUCAAAUCAUGCACAAAUGUGCUGUUUGUACUGUUGAAACUAGUACAUUUCAGAAGUGUAUACUUUGUACAUUCAGAGAAAAUCUACUUGUGCUGCUGGCAUCACAUGGCUGGUGGAGCUGGACUCUGUUUUCAGGAGAGAAUGAUAAAUGUGACUGACACAACAAACAGCAGUUGGCAAUAUAAACUCAACUGUUUAUAAUUGUUAUUGUGAACACCUUUGAUUCUGAGCCAGCAAGUUGGAGCAGCUAUGAGGUAAUUUCCCUGACAUUUUAUACUGGAGGGGAAUCGUGCCUGCUCGUCUGGUUUUGUGUGUGUCAUUUUGUUUGACUUAUGUGCCUGAUCUUUGGCAAGGGCUGUCUUAUUUUCAUACUGAAAGCCAUUCCUUCACAGUUACAACCACUGUGACAUGACUUCUUUUUAUGAGACAACACUGUGUUAUACUACUUAAGGCAAUACUGGAUGAAUCUCAAGUUUUAUUGUCUAAUUUCUAAAAAUACACUAACUACAGUUGGUGUCUAAUCGUAAAUCUAAUCUUUCUGUAUACUGAGACAGAUUAUACAAACUGGAAGAAGUUGUUUUUAUUAUGUAAAUAGAGUUUUUAUUUUUAUUUAUUAUUUCAACAUUUCUUACGACAGUGUUACUGUCUGUUACUGCACUUUAUACCUACAAGGUCUGACUGAUUCCUGCAGUUUUUUCCCACUAAAAUAAAAACAUGCUGGAGAACAUAG